AUGGGGCUAUGUGCUAGUAAAUCUGACCAAGUUAGAGACUCAGAUGCUUCCAAACGUGCAAAGCCGCAAAUUAGAAAGACCCACGAUUCACGCAAUAAGUCUAACCAGGCGAAAGGCACUCAGCUCCGAAAUGGCACUGGACAUCGGGUGCAUGGGGAAGUUGACGAGAACAAGGACAUAUUAUCUGCCCAAGAAGCAGCUAGGUUAGCUGCUGAGAAGAGGUUGCAAGAAUCCAAUUCUAAGGCAACGCAAGGUGCUCUAGGCAAAAGGCUUGCUGAGGAGAGAAGUAAGUCUUACAAGACGCAAAUGAUGAAAGAAGCAGAAAGACGGCAGCUCGAAAAAGCCACCAAAGGUAUUGUCUACGAUUGA